AUGAAUCAACAACUACCUAACCAACAGAAUCAACAACCCAAUCCAAACCAUCAUCAUCAACAGCAACAAUUACCUUUUCGUAGAUCAAAUAAACCACCAUUACAACACGUUAAACAAAAUCAUCAAAAACCAAGAUAUGAAUCAAACACUUAUACAGAAGAAGAAAAAAUAGAAAUACAAUCAAAAUUAAGUAAAGCAUUAGGGCCAGAAUAUAUAGCGACAAGACCUGGAGGUGGAGGUACUCAAGUUCAAUACAUUGAAGGUUGGAAAGCUUUAAAUUUAGCUAAUGAAAUAUUUGGAUUUAAUGGUUGGAAUUCAGAAUUAAUAUCAUGUGAAAUAGAUUAUUUUGAUACUCAUGGUAAUUCAGGUAAAUAUUCAUUGGGCUUAUCAAUUGUUGUGAGGGUUACUAUAAAAGAUGGAACAUUUCAUGAAGAUAUUGGGUAUGGAUUUGUUGAAAAUGCAAAAAGUAAAGCAAUGGCUUUUGAGAAAUGUAAAAAAGAAGCAUUUACAGAUGGUAUAAAACGUUGUUUAAGAUGUUUUGGUAAUGUACUAGGUAAUUGUUUAUAUGAUAAAACAAUAAUGAAACAAAUUAAAGAUAUUGAAAAGAAAAAAGUUGAAUAUAAACCAGAAGAUUUUUAUAGAGAUCCAAUAUUUGCAGAAAGAGAACGUAAGAAAGAAAUACAAGAAAAAAGGAUGGAGCUAGAAAAGGUGAUGGAAGAAGAAAGACAAAAACUUGAAGAAGCCAGGAUUCAACAACAACAACAGCAGCGGCUACUAUUAGAACGACAACAACAACAACAACAACAACAACCAAACAUUCCACCAUCAAAUGUAUUUGUCACCCCAAUUCUGCCCUCAAAAACUAUAAAAAAUGUUCAUAAUAAAAACAAAGAUAAAGACAAAGAUGUUGAUGAAAUGGAUGAAUCUUUUUUAUUUAGUGAUGAUGUAGUUGAUGAACAAGAUCAAGAACAAGAACAAGAGGAACAGGAUAAUAAAAAUCAUAAUGACUUAGAACCUCCUCAAUCAGAAUUUACAAAUACUAAUUUUCCACCGAAUUCAUUUUUUUCUGCAAGAUCUGCUGCGUUAAUUGCUUUAAAUAAAGAUAAAGAUGCUGAAUUAGAACAAUUUGAUCCUUCAUUCAUAUCUCCAAAUAUUAGAAGAACAGUUGAUCCUAAAAAAUCAAUACCAAUUAAAAGAACAAAUCUUAGAUCUCAAUCACCAUCAACUACAAAUCAUUUACAAAAUAGUAAUAAAUUAAAUACAACUACUCAAAAUUUUUUAAAUACAAAUCCAUUAAAUAAUAAUAAGAGAUAUGGAGCUCCACCACCAACUAGAAGUAAAAAAAUUCAGCUAGACUCCGUGGUCGACACUUAA